GGUUUUUAACGUUACGAAUGAUAAACAAAUGAUUUUGAAAGUGGUUUUUCGCCACCAAUUGUGUCCACAAUUGCUGUGAAAAACCAUUCAAUAGAUUGUCACCGAAAAUGAGUUACCAUUUGAUGCCAUCGGAGAUCGCAAGACUCGUAUUAGGAUAUCUGAAGGAAAGCCAAUGCUUUGAAACCGAGAAGCAGUUCCUGAAGGAAAGCAAACAUUUGACGGAAUACGCCAUCGGCUUAAGACACGGAUUCAAUUACUCGACGAAUAUCAACGGCAAGUCCCUCUUGGAUAUCAUCCACUCAUGCCAUGAGAGCGACACCAACGCCGCCGCCAAAGACCGGCACAAGAAGUCACCGACGGAUGAGUUGAGGCGACUGUCGCAGCAGUUGACGAAAGUGGAGACACUUCUGAACAAAUUAUCGCAAACUGUGACCACAAACAGUGGUAAUCAAAGCCAAUACAGGAUUAUCCAGACGUCGAGUCCGCUGUUUGUCAAUCCGAUUGGUGUGAACGCCUCGCCGAUCGUCGACAACCAGACGCCCCACAAGACUACUGUCCCCUCCGGAAGCGAUGCCAUAUUCAGGACUCCCUCCAGAAGUGACGCCAUUAGUCCGCGCCGGAAGCGUACGCCCCGACGCCUUAUGAGCACCGGUAGCACACCGUUGAAGCAGCAGUCGAUGAACGAGUCCUGCGAUCAGACACUGGUUAACACAUCCAGCGAUCAGUUGGCCGAUGGGAGCGAACCGCUGCUGAGGAUGGAUAUCAACGAGCCGUUAGUACAGCCGGAGUUCAUUGUCGGAGAACUCAUAAACUUCGAGCCCUUGCACGACGUGUUGGCCGACAAUAUCAACAAAAUCUUUGCCAAUAUGGCCGACAAUUACGGCGAUCACUGCGCGGAACCGGCGAAUGAGACACACGUCAAAGAUCACCAAAUCUGUGACCAAAACAUUGAUCCGCAGGACAUCAUCCGUAUCAACGAUGAGGACGUGAACCAUAUUCUGGCAAAUCUAGAGUCGGCGCCCGAAUACAACACCAUUUUAGACAUUAUCACUGAAAAGGAGCUCCAAAUGACUCCCUAUAAAGACCUCUCGAGUGUGGAGACCAACACCUCAUCGGCCUCUUCGCUGAAUACCCCGCGAACCCCUCAAAUGCGAGUCGACGGUCAGACAGGCGCCGGAAAUGUGGUCAAGAAUUUGAUGCAAGAGUUGCGGACACCGGAGAAGACGAUUACUAUCUAUGCGUCGAGGAGUCCGUCGGAGUCGACUCGUAUUACGCCUCUGAAGGUGACGCCCGUCAAAGUCUUCCGCAGCGAUUACGUGCCGGACGUGAACUGCAUCCUCAACGGCAAACCGGUGCCCAUAAUUGUGCCCAAAGUGUCGGUCGGGGGCGAGGACUACAAUCUGAUCCAAAACUCGUUGGCCAACAGUAUGGGUUCGUACGCCGCCGUGUCAUCUGUAGUACCGGUGCACCAGUCGAUGGCGUCAAAUGCUAUGCAGAAUCGCCGAAUGGGAGGCCGAAAACGGGUCGACUUCUCGAAGCCGGCGUCCGAACUGCAGGCCAAGCGCUCCGGCGAUCAGAUUCACCGCAAAAUACUGCCGAAGCCGACGCUGAACAGUGCGUUGACCACCAAUUGUGUGCCCGUUUAUAGUGGCAGUGAUUGCGCCACAGUUCCUAAACAACCGUUACUUUUAGUCAAUAAUAGUAACGCCAACCCUAAGAACCCACUCAUGAGUAGUCAAAGCGAAUGCCAGUCGGAGAAGCGAUUGCCGCCGAAGGAUAGGAGUAAUAAGAGACACAGUUCCGGGUCAGACGAGUCACUGCCCGUCAAAAUUAGGGCGUCUGAUGUUAGCUUACGCAUACAAGUCUACGAGUAA